AUGCCCAAAUUCUUCUGCGACUACUGCGACGUCUACCUCACCCACGACUCCAUCAGCGUGCGCAAAGCCCACAACAGCGGCCGAAACCACCUCCGCAAUGUCGUCGAGUACUACCAACAAAUCGGCCACGAGAAAGCCCAGUCCGUAAUUGACUCCAUCACCUCGUCCUACGCCGCCGAGGGCCAGUCCAUGCCCGGCCUCCCCAACGGCAUGCCUGGCCUUCCCGGAAUGCCCGGUAUGCCCGGUAUGCCCGGCAUGCCAGGGAUGCCAGGAAUGCCCGGCCAAGCCGGCUUCCCACCACCACCUUUCGGCUUCCCACCGCGCCCCGGCCAAGCCUUCCCGCCGCCCUUCGGCUUUCCUAUUCCCGGCCAGCCUGGCGGGCUCCCGCCACCGCCACGACCAGGGAUGCCACCGUUUCCGCCGGCCGGAUUCCCGCCGCCGCCGCAGUUUCCGGGUGGGAUGCCGCCACCACCGCCGGGUGGCGAUGUGGCGAUGGGGGGAAUGAUUCCGCCGCCGAUGAUGGGCGGGAUGCCGCCGUUGAUGCCGGGAAUGAUGGUGCCGCCCCCCGGUGGUGUGUUGAGUCCACCGCCGGCUCCGGGGGGGUUUGCGCCCCCGCCUGGGUAUGGGGGACAGCAGAAGUAA